ACAAGUAUGGAUUCCAAAGAUAUGAUGAAUUCAGAGUUAUUCCUUAACCAAGUGAAUACUCAGAUUGAGAGAUUAACACAACAGUUAGAGGAUAUAAGGACUUAUCAGGACGAUGAAGAUAUCACAGAGGAUGAGCUAGAAGAGCUCAAGAAGGAGACUAAGGAACAACUUGAUAGCUUUCUAGAGUUAGAGGCCAGAUUAGCUACCUACAAAAUUGAGCUCACAGAGGAAGAGAAGGAGAAAAGAGACCGUAUGAAGACCCUAGCUGGAGGAAUCCUCAGCGUCGCUGAUGCUACCAAAAUAUUCGAUACUAAAAAACCUGAUGAAGACGAGAAGAUAGGUAGCUUCCAUCAGGAUGAAAUCGCUGGUCUUAGUGUUGAGACAGAGGAACAUCUGAUAUCUCAAGCUAAAAAUCAGGUUUUAGAAGCUCAGAAGAAUUCGUAGUUAAGCUUUUUAUUGAAUCUCAAAGUAUUUCUUGUACCCUGUGUUAAUUUUUAUCGAAGCUAUAUCCUCUUCAUCACUAACAUAAUUGCUCUCUAGUUUUAGUAAAUCAGCUUCAAAAAUCAAGAGCUUAUUGGUCUCUCCCUUUCCUUCCGCACAUUAUUUGUUUGAUCCUUGAAUGAGUGGUAUUAGGCGAGUUAUAAAUCGAGCUCUCAUCUACCUUUUCUUGGUUGAGUUAUUUUUCUUCAUCUACAUCCCAGUUAAUAAGAUUGUCUUGCUCAUUAUUCUAAGUCUCAAGAUGGACACAUGGCACUCAAGUUUACAGUUCAGUUGGCUUUGAAUGAGAAGAAUUUUAGAAAGCUUUUAUUAAAAAAUGAAAAUUCUUCCAACUAUAGUUGCCCUCUAAUAAUAAGUAAAGUGCUGCAGAAAUAGAGACUCUAGUACCAAGUAUAGUUACUAUGCUUCUCUUAAAAAAUAUAAAGAUCAGAAUGAGUCACAAAAGGCUUUAUUGAGUGACAAUUAGAGUGUUUAUCAAAUGAGAUACACCUUCGUUAGUUCAAAAGUAGCUCCUUAUCCCUAUAGUUCUUUAUACUACAUAAGGAAUGAUCCGGUAGUUAUCGUAAUUUGACUAUUCCUAAACUUAAGGUC